AUGAGAGCUGCUGUCGCGCUUCUGCGAACAGCAAGGAGCAUCUCUCUUUGUAACGCGAGACGUGUCCGCCAGCCCUCCUAUUUGAAGUGUCGUUCCACCUCACGGGGUUUUCAUUCCUCCGCGCGUAGAGAGUCUGAUGUUCUUGAUCCGCGCUUGGAAGACCUGGGCAAGGUUAUCAGAGACGAAUAUGCUGCAGUCAGAGAACAAUAUGAUACCCCGAAGCACCCCGUCGUGCUUGCGCAUGGACUUCUCGGGUUUGACACGCUGCGUUUUGCCGGCCCUUAUCUUCCUGGUGUCCAGUAUUGGCGUGGGAUUGAGGAUGCACUGUCGAUGAAGGGAGUCCAAGUCAUCACUGCAACAGUACCUCCGUCGGCGUCCAUCGAAAUGCGUGCCGAGGAAUUAGCGAAAGAUAUCGCGGCUGGAGCCCGUGGCAAAGAAGUGAACAUUAUCGCGGGUCUCGAUUCGCGACAUAUGAUUACACACCUCAGACCAACGGACUUCAAGGUCAAGUCCUUGACUACUAUCGCUACGCCUCAUCGAGGCUCUGCAGUUGCAGACUAUAUCCUCAAGCAGAUCGGUGACGACCGUUUGGCUCAGUUGUACUAUGCCCUUGAGAGACUAGGAAUAGAGUCAGGGGCGUUUGCUCAACUGACUCGCGACUACAUGCAAAACACCUUUAAUCCUGCAACUCCAGAUGUAGACGAUGUUCGGUAUUUCUCCUAUGGCGCAUCAAUGCAGCCAAGCUUCUGGUCCGUCUUCCGUCUGUCUCAUCGUCUUUUACAGCAAGUCGAGGGGUAUAAUGAUGGGCUUGUUAGCGUUGCCAGCAGCAAGUGGGGGGGAGAAAGGGGUUACAAGGGCACCCUGGAAGGGGUGAGCCACUUGGACCUGAUCAACUGGACCAAUCGAUUGAAAUGGCUGGCUGGUGAAAUGACGGGCAACAGGCUAAGAUUCAACGCAAUUGCAUUCUAUCUUGAUAUUGCUGGUAUGUAG